AACCUAGUGCCACUAAGUAAACAAAGAACCUGCAGAUGAAGAUAUGCAGCGGGCAAAAGAAACAAGCACCCGGCUCGAAGAUGCAAGCGGCGGAUGUACAGAAUCAGUGGGUGCUAGCGGCGAGGACAGGCAGCGGUGGAAGGCAGGCAGUCUAGUUUUAGAAGAAAUAAAGUUCAGUUCCGUUGUGAUUCGACGCACCUGGCGGUGCUGCCACCUCAGCUCCCGAAGUUUGGGCCGGGGAGGUGGCAUCAUGGUCUUCCACCCAAUAGCAGAAGCCAGGAUAGAUGGCAGAGAGAAACCUCUGCCAGCGCUCAACGCACCGACUGAGUCCAUCACUUCUCAUUCGAUGGGCGACGCAGCGCUGCAACUUGUGCCUGAGGCAUCAGUGUUAACAGUCCUUGGAGGUAACCCUGCUAGGGUUGAGAAAUCUUGUCGGUUCGGAGAUUGGUCUUGUGAGGAUCCCAUGGGCCUCAUGAAAGAAGUAUUGGCGCCCGCCCCUGGAGUCGAGGCGGACGGAGUGAACGCGAUGGGUGCCCGAGGUUGGGCACCAUACGGUCCAGUAAAAAUAGAAUACCCUGGUGGAUGUAAUGGAGCUGCCUACGCGAUCCAAAGAGAGGGUUCCAUCGUUGACGUUUUAGGUCAGGUCUUUUGCACCCGCCUGGACAUGCGGGAUAAUAGCACUGGGAGGCUGAGGCGGACGGGACCCCGAGGAAGUCGUUGGACUCCCAGUAGUCGGAGCCACAAACGAAGGGGUCGCCCCAAAGGGCGAGGCCGAUUAGGUGGCGCAAACACGCCACCUGGGCCCGAACCAUACAUAGGGCAUGGUGCAGGUUGCGCACUUUACAGUUAUGCGGGUGUGGUUGAUGCGCAACGGGGGGAUGAGCCGGGAUCAUCUGGGCCGUCGAGACUUGCUGGAGCGGUCGAGGCGUCGGCGCUUGUGCUUGAAUCACUCCAUAUGGCUGAGGAUCUUGCCGUGGUGGCUGCUGGGGCUGAAGUAGUUGACCGGGUUGCCGGACGAGACUUGAAGCAAAUAUCGAUGUCGCAUUCAGGUUUGAUUAGAAGUAGGAUCGAGGGGUUGCUUGCUGGGGGUGUUGAGAGCAGUUGGGAUGGUCGCUUUGUGGUGGAAAGUGGUUCGCUGCAGGGAUCCGGUGUGGAGUUCCAAGUUCUUCCAUGCAUCCCUGCGCGCUUGGGCACCAUUAUCGAGUGGCUGACGGUUCGGAUCAAGGCCCACACCUCGUAUAGGGAACCCGAAUGA